UCUUCCAUCACUCUGAGUUUGAGCUUUAUUUAAUAAAAAUCCAGAAAUUCCUCUCCACUCUGGGAACCUCGAAUAAAUUCCAGGGUAGAGAAUUAAAAAAAAAAAAAAGAAAUGGCUGCAAAAGCAGCAGUUGCCGGGCUAGCUGCCAUCCUCGUGGUGGCGAUGGUUGUUGCUGUGGCAGUUGGUGUUACAAAGAGAAGUGAAUCAGGCUCCGUCAGUGCCGGCUCUACCAAGGCCGUGCAGUCCAUUUGCGCCCCUACUGACUAUAAAGAAACUUGUGAAAGCAGCCUUUCCGAUGCCAACACCACCGACCCCAAGGAGCUGGUCAAGGCCGCAUUCGAAUUUACAGAGAAAAAUAUAGGCGAAGUCAUCAAGAACUCGUCUUUGUUCCAAGAAGCAGCCAAGGAUAAUGGCACCAAGCAGGCGUUGGAGAUCUGCCAAGAAGUGCUUGACACUGCCAUCGAUGAUCUCAAGAGGUCGUUCGACACGUUUGGGGAAUUCGACGCUACCAAGGCCAACGAGUACGUCGAGGACCUCAAAACGUGGCUUAGUGCUGUAAUCACCAACCAUGAAACCUGCAUUGAUGCCUUUGAGAACACCACAGGCGAUACUGGGGAGAAGAUGAAGCAUUUGAUGAAAACUACUAGGGAGAUGUCAAGCAACGGCCUCGCCAUGGUGACCAAUAUGUCAUCGAUCCUUGCAUCGUUGCAGAUUGGGGGGCUUUCCAGCCGAAAGCUUCUCUCUGAGGAAGAAGGCGCUCUAUUCUUAUCCAACAAUCAAAGGCGUCUCCUUGCCGCAUCAUCAUUGAAGCCGAAUGCCGUGGUGGCCCUAGAUGGAAGCGGGCAGUUCAACACGAUUAGCGCAGCCAUUGCAUCUGUCCCUCCGAAGAAUAACCAAACAUUUGUGAUUUAUGUUAAGGCCGGUCUGUACAAGGAGUAUGUCCAAAUUCCCAAGAAGAUGAACAAAAUUGUAUUGAUCGGAGAUGGUCCUUUGAAGACAAGAAUCAGUGGCAGAAAGAACUACGCUGAAGGUGUUAAGACCUUCCACACGGCCACCGUCGCUGUAAGCGCUGAUGAGUUCAUGGCAAAGGACAUCGGAUUUGAGAACACAGCUGGUCCUCAGGGGCACCAAGCCGUGGCCCUGCGCGUCUCUGGUGACCGUGCCGUCUUUUUCAAUGUUCACAUCGAUGGUUACCAGGACACUCUCUACGCCCACACCUAUCGCCAGUACUAUCGCGACUGCUCCAUCUCCGGCACCAUCGACUUCAUCUUCGGCGACGCCCUAGCCCUUUUCCAGAACUGCAAAUUCGUCGUCCGGAAGCCAGGGCCCAACCAGGCCUGCAUGGUUACCGCCCAAGGCCGUGUCGAGCCCCGCAGCCUGGGCGCCACAGUCAUCCAGAACGGCGACAUUGUGGCUGAGCCAGCAUUGCUCCAGGCUACACCACCCGUUAAGGUUUACCUUGGCCGCCCAUGGAAGUUGCUCUCAAGGACCAUUAUCAUGCAAUCCAACAUCGGCGGGUUCGUUGCACCAGAAGGCUGGGCGGAAUGGUCGGGAAAUUUUGCUCUAGACACACUGUACUACGCAGAGUACCAGAAUCGCGGCCCCGGAUCGGAUAUGAAGAACCGAGUCAAAUGGCCGGGGAUCCAGCACUUCACUCAACAAAUGGCUGAGAGCUGGACGGGAGGGAGAAUCUAUGGAGGGGAUGAAUGGAUCAGGAUCACUGGGACUCCAUACGUACCUACCAUGAUGAAUGUCUAAUAAGUUGAGUCAACUGAUUUCCUAACAAUUUUUGCAGGUUUGGGUGGUGUAGUUAACUGGAGCUUAAUUUUGCUCAUGUUGUCUAGUAAUAAGUUUUAUGAUUUUAUGCUUGUGAUGGAGAUUAGUUGACAGAACACUCUCUAUUGUAGUUGUAAGAAAAAGAUUUGUAUGAAUUAUAAUAUUAAACGAAUUUCAUUUCUAGUUGAUUAAUGAAAUGUAUUUGGUCAA